GCACCGAUAGUCUUACGAGGCAUUGCACGUAGUACUCUCAUCUCUUGCUGGAGUAACAACUCAGUGUAAGGAAAACACUCGGGGUGAGUGGUGGCCGAAAGGCCAGAACUGUGAAGAUGCCUGAGAAGCCUGGAUUUACCGAAGAUCAGGUGGCUGAUUACCAGGAGUGCUUUUUCCUCUUUGAUACCAAAGGGGACGGAUGUAUCCUGGAUAAACCUGACUCUAGGGUUACAUUCGAACAGUUUCUGCCUAUGCUCCAGGCUGUGUCCAGUAAGCAGAUAACUGACACUGUGGAUGAUUUUGUUGAAGGACUCAGGCAUUUUGACAAGGAGGGGAAUGGAAGGAUAUCUGCUGUAGAACUCCGACAUCUCCUGAUAGGACUCGGAGAGAAGAUGACGGAGGAGGAGGUGGAGGUCCUCAUCCAUGGGAAGGAGGAUGCCCAGGGUAACAUCAACUACGAGGAAUUCGUAAAGAUGGUUCUAGCGCAGUAAACCGGUUUUGUUAGCGCGGCUGCGCGCAAAACUGGUUUUCCUGGGAUGCUGCCGUAAGAGAUGUAGGAGCCCCUGCACCCCGGGACCAUCAUGAUCAUGAUCAAGAUCAAGAUCAAGAAAUAAUCAGAAAGAUUUUUUAGUUUUAAGUUUGGAAGAUCUCUCGCUGAUCGCCAUGAAUACUGUAUUGUUAUUGUAUUUUAUAUAUUUAUAGCUUAGACCUACUAUAUUUAUGUUACUAACCCUAUUUAUAUGUUAUAUUUCUGACAGACUUUUCAUACCAUCAUGCCAUGUACUGCUUUGAAAAUAUACCGGAUGUACAACAGAG